AGCGGCGGCGGGUGGAGGAGGCGGCGGCGGGAUGGAGGGGCUCAUCCCGCUCGUCAACCGGCUGCAGGACGCCUUCGCGGCGCUGGGCCAGAACUGCCUGCUCGACCUGCCGCAGAUCGCGGUGGUGGGCGGGCAGAGCGCCGGCAAGAGCUCCGUGCUGGAGAACUGCGUCUCCAGGGAUUUUCUUCCACGAGGUUCUGGAAUUGUGACAAGACGACCAUUGGUCCUGCAACUCAUCACUGCCAAAACAGAGUAUGCUGAAUUUCUACACUGCAAAGGGAAGAAAUUUACUGAUUUUGAUGAAGUUCGUCAGGAAAUCGAAGCAGAAACAGAUAGAGUAACAGGAAUGAACAAAGGCAUUUCUUCAAUUCCUAUUAAUUUAAGAGUAUAUUCUCCACAUGUCUUAAGCCUGACUCUUAUUGAUUUGCCGGGAAUCACUAAAGUGCCAGUAGGGGAUCAGCCUCCAGAUAUUGAGCAACAGAUCAGAGACAUGAUAAUGCAGUUCAUAUCCCGGGAAAACUGUCUCAUCCUGGCUGUGACUCCAGCCAACACUGAUCUGGCCAACUCUGAUGCCCUGAAGCUGGCGAAGGAAGUGGACCCUCAGGGUCUUAGGACCAUUGGUGUGAUCACAAAAUUGGAUCUGAUGGAUGAAGGAACAGAUGCGAGAGAAGUUCUAGAAAACAAACUACUCCCUCUUCGUAGAGGUUAUAUUGGUGUUGUAAACAGAAGCCAGAAAGACAUUGAUGGGAAGAAGGACAUAAAAGCAGCUCUUCUAGCAGAAAGGAAAUUCUUUCUUUCCCACCCAUCCUACAGGCACAUGGCAGAUCGGAUGGGAACACCGUAUCUCCAGAAAGUUCUAAACCAGCAACUUACCAAUCAUAUUCGGGAUACUCUGCCAGCCUUCAGAAGCAAACUCCAGAGCCAGCUGCUUUCUAUAGAACAUGAAGUAGAGGUAUACAAAAACUUCAGACCAGAAGAUCCAACCAGAAAAACAAAAGCCCUGUUGCAGAUGGUACAACAGUUUUCAGUGGACUUUGAAAAAAGAAUUGAAGGAUCAGGAGAUCAAGUUGAUACACUAGAACUUUCAGGAGGUGCCAAAAUCAACCGAAUUUUCCAUGAACGUUUUCCUUUUGAACUAGUGAAGAUGGAAUUCAAUGAGAAGGAGCUGCGGAGAGAAAUAAGUUAUGCCAUCAAGAACAUACAUGGUAUCAGAACAGGUUUGUUUACUCCAGAUAUGGCGUUUGAAGCCAUUGUUAAAAAACAGAUAGUUAAGCUGAAAGGACCUUGCUUAAAAAGUGUGGAUCUGGUGAUGCAAGAGUUAAUCAACACUGUCAAGAAGUGCACUAAAAAGUUGGCAACAUAUCCAAGGUUGUGUGAGGAAACAGAAAGAAUUGUUGCCGGUUACAUUCGUGAAAGAGAAGAGAAGACCAAGGAUCAGAUGCUGCUGCUGAUUGAUAUCCAGGUUUCUUACAUCAACACCAACCAUGAAGAUUUUAUAGGCUUUGCAAAUGCCCAACAAAGAAGCAGUCAGGUUAACAAAAGUGCAGUGGGAAAUCAGGGAACCAAUCUACCGCCUUCAAGGCAAAUUGUCAUUCGGAAAGGCUGGCUGACCAUCAACAAUAUUGGCAUCAUGAAGGGAGGAUCCAAGGAAUACUGGUUCGUUCUAACCGCGGAAAGCUUGUCCUGGUAUAAAGACGAUGAGGAGAAAGAGAAGAAAUACAUGCUUCCUUUGGACAACUUGAAAGUGCGAGAUGUUGAAAAGAGCUUCAUGUCGAGCAAACAUAUCUUUGCAUUGUUUAACACGGAGCAGAGGAAUGUUUACAAGGAUUACCGUUUCCUUGAGCUAGCCUGUGACUCCCAAGAGGAGGUGGAUAGCUGGAAGGCAUCUCUGCUACGAGCCGGUGUCUAUCCUGAUAAAUCCUCAGGGAGCAACAAAACUGAAAAUGAGGAGAAUGGCCAAGCAGACAAUUUUUCAAUGGACCCCCAGCUGGAGAGACAGGUGGAGACAAUUCGAAACCUUGUGGACUCCUACAUGUCUAUUAUUAACAAAUGUAUCCGAGAUUUGAUACCGAAAACAAUCAUGCAUCUUAUGAUCAAUAACGUAAAAGAAUUUAUCAACGCAGAGCUCCUGGCUCACUUGUAUUCUUCUGAGGACCAAAACACUCUGAUGGAGGAGUCGGCUGAGCAGGCGCAGCGCCGGGAUGAGACGCUCCGCAUGUACCAGGCACUGAAGGAAGCCCUGGCAAUCAUUGGGGACAUCAGCACUAGCACCGUCUCAACCCCUGCUCCCCCUCCUGUGGAUGACUCGUGGCUUCAGCAGGCCCGCAGAUCACCUCCUCCAAGUCCCUCAACUCCAAGGAGACCGACAUUAAACAAUCCCCCAACCAGACCUUUAUCUGGCCGAGGACCAGCUCCUGCAAUCCCAUCUCCAGGCCCUCAGUCGGGGGCUCCCCCGGUCCCGUUCCGCCCAGGACCACUGCCUCCGUUCCCAAGUGCUGGAGAAGCCCAUGGAGGACCUCCCCAGGUUCCUUCCCGGCCCACCCGGGCUCCUCCCAGUGUCCCAAGGCAUCUUGAAAGGCUGUCCUUGAAACCCUCCUGUCCCCUGCAAGCUGUAUUGGAUCAUUAUUGAAUGAGGGCACUCCAGGGUUACAUUAACAACAGUGACACUGAUAAUCACAUUAGUUGUUGUCAUGGACAAGAAGAGGUGCAACUCCAGCUGGAGGUGACAACCACGACAUUUGCUCCCUUCUUGCACCAAGGUAAGUAAAGAGGAGAGAGGCAAAAAGGCAGAGGAAGGCGAAAUCUGAGUAGGAAUAGCAGCGUGGGCAGCAGUAGAUGUGGUGUUCUGGGAUACAGUACAUGAUUCAGUCUGAUGCCAAACAGAGCAGCUACACACAGACCAGUGCACAGGACUUGAGCUACUGUGAAAAGAUCAGAUGUUCUUCCUGCUGAUUUUGUGGCCCUUCUGUUGUUAUCUUCUGUGGACAGAAGAAAGUAGAACAGCAUUCUGAAUGUAUCCCUCACCACUCCUAACUUUCUCUUCCUCCACGGGCAGUUUUGAUCCUCUUGACCAUCCUGACCUCGGGUUUCUGAAAGGUCGAGCCAGUCUUCCAUGAAUGUGUUGCACACUUGCUUAUUUGACAUGUUCCCUGCUGAAGGGCAAACAAGAACACACAGUUUCUUAAGAAUAAUAGUCUCUCUUGGUCGCUCUGUUGAAUUAAUUUUUUUUGUUUACUCAAGCUGAGUUUUCCAAAUGACACAUUAAUUCCCUGAAAUGACUAAUGAAAAUGCAGCGCUCACAUAAACAUACAAAUAUAUUUGUAUGUGUCUGUGAUGGACAUUAAUUUAUGAUGGUCAUAUAGAAAAUGUAGCUUGAGUUGUAAAUAAUAAAUUAUUCUGGUGAAGCAUCAUAUUUUGGACCACUGCCUCUUAAAGGAGUAUCUAUAUUAAGUUAAAUCACGCACAGUGGAACCUCAUUAACCCAAAUGCUUUCAAACAGUAUAAGCAUUUGAAUUAAUGGAGAUUUAUAUUGCUGCAGUGUAGUGGUGGCUAGUGGAAGGACACAUUCUUCCCAUUCACUCUUAUUUUUUGUUUCUUUCACUUGAAAGAAAUAGGUAUCUGAUAAAACAGCAUAAUCUAAUAACUUUAAUUUGCUUACACUUAGCACAAAAAUUCUUCCACUGACAGAGCAUUGUGCAGCUGGGUCAUUUGAAGUAGUGUGAAAUAGUGAGGUUCAGCUGUGUGUACAACCGAGCCAGUACAGUCUCAGCACGCCCUCUGUGCAUUUGUAGAGCCUGACACGUGUGUUCAGCUGGAGAACUACUUCAGGACUAUCAUCCCCCCUCAAGAGCUGUGUGGCUCAGGGCUUCCAUUCCUGACUUGCCCACCGACAGUAGUCCUGUGGGACUUACUAGAGACAUUUAAUGUUUAAGAAAAUGACAUUUUUCAGUAGAGAAACAAAUCUGAGAAAUUUCCACUCUCUUGGACCAUUACAUUGGGGUAAGGGACCAUCUCAGACAGAUAUUCUUCAGCUACUUUUUCCUUUCAUCACCACUGAGUGCUGUUUCUUAUUUCUCCUGCAAUCAUCAUCUCCUCCUGAUUCUUGUCCAUAAUUCCUGCUUUACUCCUCCUAAUGUCAUCAUCCUUUUUCUGCUUUUCCUGCUUUGUUAUGACCUGUGACACUAGUGUCAAGUGCCUUUCCUCCUUUUGGUUUUCCCACUCGAGAUUCUGGCUCCUGAGUUAAUGGGAGGCUCCACAGUAGCCAUUCUGCAUCUGCUGUAGGACAAAAAGAGUUUUAUGCAUGCACAGACUAAAGACUAAGUAGAUCUACAAACCAUGUCUUGCCUCUCUUCAACCAUGAUGGCUAGAGUUGUUUCACUUCUGGUUUGGAUUUUCUUCCAAAUCCAGAGGCUGAUGGAGGUUGAGAGGUACAGUAUAAAAGUUAGGUUGAUGUAACAACCAGGAAAAGCAGGGGGUGUGGGUCUCUCAGGAUCUUACUGAAACAGAGAAAACCUGAGAAACAGUAUAAAAAUAAAAUCAGUCAAGGCAUUAUAACUAUCCCAAGACCAAGCUACUUAGUCUCUCUAAAUAAUCACCCAAACAGGAAACUAGAUUUAUUCCUCACCUAAAGUAAGUCACUCUUUUAUCCUCUUACUGUAUGCCUCACAUCUAGAUUUGUACUGUCACCUAAAAUAAAAUUUGCCUGCAGUCAGUCUUAAAGCCGCUUAGAAAUUUUGUGUAAGUAUUUUCUUCCUAAAUUCUGUGAAGACAGUGUAACGUAUCAGGGUGCUCCGAGAGGGCUGCGUUAUAGGGAAACCAGGACCAUGGAAAAGGGAGAGAAUAAUGGACUUCUGUUCACAAUUUCAGAUCUAUAGGAUGUAUCGUAAAAUAUAGUUAUGUGCAUGCCUUCCACAAGUGUUCUCUGGUGGUCACAAGCAAACAAGAAUGUAGAAUGUAAGUGGAAAUGAAAGCCUUUUAUUUAGCAGUGUGCUGGCUGUGCUGUGAGAAGCCAUCUUCUCUGAGCGGGUAAUUACAGCCAUGCUUUACUCAAAGCAUAUUUUGUGGACUCUGUGUGGGGAGCGAUAGCACUUCUCAAAAAGCAAAUGCUUGAAGAACUCCCAUAUGUUUCUGAUCGAAUUUUAAGUCUAGACUUGCUUUAUUUAGUUUCUUUUGCUCUGUGUUAGCCUAGCUAAAGCUUUUAGGAGUUCUUUUAAAACUGGAAACACUGGAUGUGCUGCUUAGGUUAAAAAUAAACGUAAAACUUUUCCUUUUUUAAAAAAGUUUUUGCAUGGGGGUGAGAGCUACCCUCCAUUCAAAACCCCACUGAGCUCUUCAAAGAGGAGUCUCUGCAGCAACAUCAGGGAGUUAUUAAAUACAUACUUAGUCCACAAUUUUCAUUGGUAAAUUCUUUACGUCUGCUUAAUGUGUGCUAAUUAGAAGUACUGAUUCUUUUUGCAGAUUCGUUCACUCAACCCCGGGGGGACCUAUGAUCCCCUGCCCCUUUAGCACUAGCUUUUACAAACGCUGUUUCCCUUUUUUUUCCUCCCCGCCCCCCCCAAAAGCAAACCAAAACACCAACAACCUCAAUUCCCCCCCAGACAAGAAGGCUGAGUUAAAACUCGAAAACCCCGCUGAAAUGCUGUAGACAAUAACCAAAUCGGAAUUCCCGCAGCAGGGACAUUUUUAUGAUGAACUUUCUAUGAAGCGGGAGCCGCCUUUCGGGGCCUGGGAACAAACAGCUCCGCACCGGGAGCGCUUCCCGGGCCGCCGGAGUCGCUCCGAUAACACGGAGGAACCGCGGCCCGGGCCGUCUGCGCCGCUAUCGUGUGCUGGCCUCAGACUAAACAUUGAACUGGGCUUAGUCACAUAUUUACUCACUGGGAUGGCAGCUAGCGCGGAGCAGGGAUCCGGGGGCGGUUGUUUUUCCCCGGUUUUCCCUCGCUCGGUCCCCGGGCAGGCUGGAGCUCCCCCUGCCGCUCUGUAGUUCCCGUUCUCCGCGGUGGGAGGCUCUGGCAGCGCUCCUUUGGUACCCUUUGCUCGGGAAGCGAUGGUGCCGAAACCACUCAGAGCUUCCCUCAGAGCUGCACUUUCUGUAGGUGCCCAGAAGCUGGUUGCUGGCUCUGUUAUCUCAAGGUGGCCCAAUCCUGCCUCUCUGCAUCCCGUGGAGCACGUCCACUCCCAGCCACUGUUCAGGGUGUAAAAGAGUGGGGCAGAGGCAAGAGAUGUGCAGGUUGGCAUCUCCUCCUGCCUUGGAGAUUGAGAUUCCUAUUAGGGGCAAAAGGAAAAGGUGUGAAUCCUACUCCCAGUGUAGAAACGGUCACGGAAUGACUUGACACAUUGGGGAAAUCUAGUGACAGGCCAUUCACUUAAGAGUUGGGCUCAGUGAUCCUUGUGGGUCCCUUCCCACUCAGAAUAUUCUGUAAUUUCUGGGCUUGUUCUUUCCUUCACUUGGAUUUGAGCUUCAGCUCAUGCCCAUUGAUCCUGUGUGCCAGUGGCUAGGGAAGGUGAGAUGAUGCAAGAGAGCUCCACUCUGUGUUCUGCCCAAGGACUCGGGAGCACGGUCCCCUUACUGCAGUACCAGCACAGGGAGCUGCACAUAGCCCAGGAGACUGUCAGCAGCAGGGCUGGAGGGAAUGGUGCUUUUGCAGGUCUUCUCCCAAGUGCUGCCUUUCCCAAACAUCUGCCACUCCUCUGAAAGGCACCUGUGAUCUCCAGGUGGAGAUCCCACUCCCCUAGUCACAAUGUGGUGGGUUAAGGAGCUGGGAGGCAGGCAGCACCCUUGAGGGACUGGAGCUAAGGAGAGGUCUGCCCAUUCCUCAUGGACAUCCAUGCCCAGUGGGAAGACACAUGCAAGUGUAUGUAUGCAGAGCAUCCCAGAUACAUGUGUGUCUCCACUGGGACAUAUCCACAGUGUGAAGUGUUGGGAGAGAGCAUGGCUGGCUCUGAAGGGUCCCCUGGCUGAGCAGACCUGCCUGUCGGGCAGUGCUGUGGGGAGAACAGGGCUGGUGUGGCUGGGCAGCAGCUCCUCUUCAGAGGGUCCCCAUGGGGAUGUCAUCUUCUCCUUGUAGUGGGUGGUACUCUGGAGUGGGAAGGAGUGCUGAUGGGGGAUUUUUCUGUUUAGGUCUGCACUGGGCUUGAACGAAAGUUCAAAACAGUGGUCGGAGUGCAAUAUCAACUCUAGUUCAGGGAGGAAAUGGGGCUCAGACCUGAUUUUGGUUCAGGUUUGGUUUGACUGAUUAUGUCCAGGAAAUCCUCCCACUGUGCUCUCCAGUUUCUGAUCCUGCUGUGUUAAAUAGUAAUUUGGCUAAAUUACAUUAUUUGAACCCAGUGUGCUGCAUUCAACCUGGUAUUAAAACGCAUGUUUGGGCUUGCAUCUUUUAAAUUUGAUAUGAAGACAGCUGUAUGCAUUUUCCCUUGUUUGUAAAUUGUAUACACAUGAUACGAUGUUUUCAGUAAGCUCUAAACAAUGCAAUGUGAGGCAUUUCAACAAAGGAAUAAUUUAAUGCAACCCAGCAGAAAUGCAGAGCCUUAGAAGUGGUUCUUUAUGAAACUACAAAUUUUGGAAAUGGGUCCAGAAGACCUACACUGGAGCAACACAAGAAACAAUGGUUAACACAGUAACAUUUUUUCUGUAAGAAAAAUACACCAUGAAGAAAUUAUAUUUUGCCUUUUUUUUUAGCUUGUUGAUUUAAUUGAAUGCUUCAGUUGGCAUAUUUUGUAUUUGUUGCAUGUUAGGGAUUAAAAUUCUCAUUUCUUCACCAAAAGAGAAUAUUGUCGCUCAAGACACACUUUGAGCCGAGUGAGACUUUUUUUGUCAGGUAUAAGUUUGUCUCCUGUAUUUUGUUCCAGUUCAAAGAAGAUUAACACGUUACAUUCUUUUAAUCUUCAGUUUAGCUCUUACAGAAUGAGACAUGUUUCCUUUGUAAUAUUCCUCAGAGCCAGACAUGCCCCUGCUUUCACAGGUGGAGGACAGGUUAGAAGGGGCUGCACAGUUUGUGUGGGCCAUUAAUGAGCUCUGCUGAAGCUGAUGGGAACUGAAGAGCCAUGGGCUCCCGACCUUGUUCAGAGCCUGGGUUCAGCUGUGAGCUCUCGUGGUGACUUGGGCUGGGGUUAAGAAUAAAGUUGGUACUUCCCACUAAAGAAAAUGGGGAGCAAAAGCACUGUAAGAGAUGGAUUGGGAUAACUGCAGCAAUGGAACGCUGCUGGAUAGCUGGCUAUAGAACAGUCUCUUUGGGCAAUUUAUACGUACAAAUUGCAGUGCCAGCAGAACUGUGUGAGUGGUGCAGGUGCUGAAGGCCAAACAGGUAUUGUCAGCUCAGACUCUGCACAGGCCUUGCUCAGUGGUGGGGUGUUUUAUCCCAGGUGGAAUAGAGCAUUAACAAAUACUCUUUGUGACUAUGCUGAUGGAGUUGCCUCCUCACAGCACUGAUAUGAGCAGUGUACCUGCACACAAAAAGGUAAAGUGUUGAGUAGCUACUGGAGAGACUCUGUCUGCCACUCGAGCAGACAUCCUUGUGUGUCAUCCUUGGAUAAGGGAGGGAGGGAAGGAGGGAUAGGUCUCAGCCUGGACUCCAGGUGGGAUGUGCUUGGAGAUCAUACUACUGCCAACUCUUGCACUGUGGACUCUUACCAAAUGAUGACACAGUCUGAAUUAAAAUGUAGGUGUUUGCAGUACACAGGAAAAUAGAAAAAAGACACAUAAGCCUUCCCAAAAAAUCUGUGACUCCUUAGCACUGAAGCUGAUAGAGGAAUGCAUUAGUGGUAAAUGAAUGAGUCCAGCAGCCCCAGCCAAAACUGGCAUUUUCAUAACUGGCCAUUGAUAUACAGCUUCAGAUUUGUGCCUCAAAUUCAGGCACAUUGACGUGACUCCAGUUGGCCCAACUGUGCAAGAAGCUGCAGGUUUUCCUGCUUCUGCAAACAGCAGCUGAAGUCACUGCAGGCUGUUUUCCUCAGUCCUGUUUUCUGCUCCGAAACGUUCCUGUAAGUCUGCUGUGUGGCUGUCCAGGCUGGGACUGACCCCUAAGAAAAUGGGAAUAAUGAUCCUCCCCAGAUGGUUUCCAUGGCACAAGAAGGUAACUAUGUUUGGAGAACACCCAGGCUGUGGAUCAGCAAGAAGAGCUGUCUGGUGGGUGAGGGGGGUAAGGCAUGGUAGGCACCUGGCAAACCCGUUGCCUCCUUCCUUAUUGUGGAUGCUUGUGGAUAUUGUGCUUCAGUGUACGUGGAAAUAAGAUGGUCGUGUGUACGAGCAUGUGCAUGUUCCUGUAACAACGGCGAAAGGUGCCAGCUUUGUUCUCAGUGUUUGUGCUUAUUGUUUCUUCUCUCUUUCU